AUGGAACGCGUUAUGGAACCUUUCAGAUCUGCUUUCACUAGUCUUAAUGCAGAAGGAACAAAGUUGCCUACAGAAGAAAACUUGUUACAUCAUUUGGAUUCAAAGGAUGAACAAUUCUUUAAGAAAUUGUCGGCUGUGUUUGAUAAAGAUAAGAAGACACUUGAAUCAACAUCAGGUCAUCAGAUUCAUACUAAAAAGCGAAAAAUUUCUCUUGAAAUUGCCAAAGUGCAUGGAAAUUCAAAUUCCAUGCAAAUCGCCGACGAGGAUUUUAGCAAUAAUGAUGGCAUCGACUCAUCACAAGAUUUUGAAAUAAACUAA